GGAACCGCUGUAGUAGCCCGGGAAACGUCGAGCCCGCCCAUGGGCAAGGGGAGGGAUUUCCGGAGCGACUCUUAUUGGGAAAGCAGGACUUCCGGCGGCGGAUCGUUGUUGUAUGCCGGGCGAGCUCAGCAGUCAGUCCGUUCCCCCUCGCAGCAAACAGGGAUGUCACAGCUUGGAUCCCGGGGCCGCCUGUGGCUGCAGAGCCCCGCCGGGGGAGCCCCCCCUAUAUUCCUGCCGUCGGAUGGCCGAGCUCUAGUCCUUGGUCGGGGCCCCCUGACCCAGGUGACGGACCGGAAGUGCUCCCGAAAGCAAGUGGAGCUGGUUGCAGACCCUGAGACCCGGACAGUGGCAGUGAAACAGCUGGGGGUUAACCCAUCAACUGUCGGGGUCCAGGAGUUGAAGCCAGGAUUGUCUGGCUCUCUGAGCUUGGGGGACAUCCUUUAUCUGGUUAAUGGCCUAUACCCCCUGACCCUGCGUUGGGAAGAGAUCAGCACACCCGGAACCCAGCCGGAGACUCCUCCAGGCACGCCUCCUGUGGCUACAGAGGAGGGGGAGGACGCUGAGCCUCAGAAAAAGCGGAUGCAGAAGUCAUCCCCUGGCUGGGAGAGCCUAAAGAACUUACUGGUGUUUACACCAUCUGGGGUGAAACCUCGGGGCAAGGUGGCUGCCUUUGACCUAGAUGGGACCCUCAUCACCACCCGCUCUGGAAAGGUCUUCCCCACUAGCCCUAGUGACUGGAGGAUGCUGUACCCGGAGAUUCCGAAGAAGCUGCAGGAGCUGGGUGCCGAGGGCUAUAAGCUGGUUAUCUUCACCAACCAAAUGGGCAUUGGGCGAGGGAAGCUGUCAGCAGAGGUGUUCAAGGCCAAGGUGGAGGCUGUGUUGGAGAAGCUGGGGGUCCCAUUUCAGGUGCUGGUGGCAACGCAUGCAGGUCUAAACCGAAAACCAGUGAGUGGCAUGUGGGACCAUCUGCAGGAGCAGGCCAACGAGGGCGUGUCCAUCUCCAUCAGGGACAGUGUCUUCGUGGGAGAUGCAGCAGGCCGCCCAGCCCACUGGGCCCCGGGGAGAAAGAAGAAAGACUUUUCCUGUGCAGACCGCCUUUUUGCCCUUAACGUUGGCCUGCCUUUUGCCACCCCUGAAGAAUUCUUCCUUAAGUGGCCAGCAGCCCGCUUUGAGCUCCCAGCCUUUGACCCGAGGACCAUCUCCAGUGCUGGGCCCCUCUAUCUCCCAGAGUCCAGCUUCCUCCUGAGCCCCAACCCAGAGGUGGUGGUCGCAGUAGGAUUCCCUGGGGCCGGCAAGUCCACCUUCAUGCAGGAGCAUCUGGUGUCUGCGGGAUAUGUCCACGUGAACAGAGACACGUUGGGCUCGUGGCAGCGCUGUGUGAGCUCAUGCCAGGCAGCACUGAGGCAGGGGAAGCGAGUCGUGAUUGACAACACUAACCCAGAUGUCCCAAGUCGGGCUAGGUACAUCCAGUGCGCCAAAGAUGCAGGUGUGCCCUGUCGCUGCUUCAACUUCUGUGCCACACUAGAGCAGGCUCGCCACAACAACAGGUUCCGAGAAAUGACGGACCCCUCGCAUGUGCCAGUGUCAGACAUGGUCAUGUUCAGCUACAGGAAGCAGUUUGAGCCACCCACUCUGGCUGAGGGCUUCCUGGAGAUCCUUCAGGUUCCAUUCCGGCUCCGGGCGCAUCUGGACCCCGCGCUGCAGCGACUGUACUGCCAGUUUCUGGAGGGCUGAGCCCACAAUAAACGCUGCCACUGC